GGCACAUAUGUCUGCAAAAAAAAUGUCUGGCAUAUAUGAAUUGGAAGUUUUUUCAGUUUUUUUGGAGCAAUAUGAAUUGAAAGAUAAAAACUUAAAGAUCAAGAACUGGGUUAAUAAUUUUGGCACACCCUUGUGCAGAACUAAGAACGAAUCAGUGGAACAAAGGCUUCUGAGAUCAGAAGAACAAGACUCUGCUAAUUUGACAAGCAGGAUUUGGACAGAGUCUAAGAAGAUAUGGAGGGUUGCCUUCCCUGGAAUGGUGGCUAGAGUGACUUCUUUCGGAAUCAUAGUGGUGACUCAGUUUUUUCUUGGUCACAUCGGCGAGUUGCAGCUAGCUGCAUAUGCAAUUGAACAAACCUUCUUCGUGCGAUUUGUUAUGGGGAUAAUGAUUGGCAUGUCAAGCGCAACUGAAACAUUAUGCGGACAAGCAUUUGGAGCUGCACAAUACCACAUGUUGGGAAUAUAUUUGCAGCGAUCAUGGAUCGUUGAUCAUACUCUUACGACGAUAUUGCUCCCUCUCUUCAUCUUCGCCACACCAAUUUUGAAACUAAUUGGGCAGGAGGAGGAUAUAGCAACAGCAGCUGGAAAAAUCUCUCUAUGGUUCAUUCCUUUCCUCCACAACUUUGUGUUUGACUUGACAAUGCAAAUGUACUUGCAAUCCCAGAUGAAGAACUGUAUUAUUGGAUGGUUUUCUGCUAUUUCCUUCGUGAUUCAUGUAUUUUUGAGCUGGUUUUUUGUGAUCAAACUUGACUGGGGGAUCAAUGGAGCAAUGGGUGCAUUGAACAUUUCUGCUUGGUUAAUUCUCAUUGGACAAUUUGUGUACAUUUUCGGAGGGUGGUGUCCUAACACUUGGAAAGAGUUUACCACUGCUGCCUUUUCCGAUCUCCUUCCCGUCGUCAAGCUCUCAAUUUCCUCCGGUUUGAUGCUUUGCUUAGAACUUUGGUACAAUUCUAUUCUAGUACUUGUGGCUGGAUAUAUGAAAAACGCAGCCGUUGCAAUAUCAGCUUUCUCCAUUUGCCUUAAUGUCAGUGCGUGGCAAUUUAUGAUCUGCCUUGCAUUCUUAGCAGCUGCAAGCGUGCGUGUAUCGAAUGAAUUGGGGAGGGGAGAUGCGAAGGCUGCAAAAUUUGCCAUUAAAGUCGUUCUUUUCACUUCAAUAUGUAUUGGAGUGGUAUUCUGGAUUUUGGCGUUAAUCUUCGGUCGAGAAAUUUCAUAUAUUUUCACAGAGAGUGAGGAAGUUGCAGAUACUGUUUCAGACCUCUCCGUUCCACUUUCAUUCACUUUGUUAUUCAACAGCAUUCAGCCAGUACUCUCCGGAAUAACUGUAGGUUCCGGUCAACAAAGUGUUGUUGCAUAUAUUAACUUGGGAAGCUAUUAUGGCGUUGGCAUACCCUUAGGAGUUGUGCUUGGAUACGUCGCUCAUCUUCAAGUCAAGGGUUUGUGGAUUGGAAUGCUGUGUGGAGUACUAACGCAGACAAUUAUCUUAUCUUGCCUCGUAUGGAAGACUAAUUGGGAUGAGCAGGUAAAGAAGGCGUCAGAACGUCUCAACCAUUUGUUUUUGGAUCUAUCAAAAUCUGAUGAUAGUUCUGCAAAUUCUUAAUAUAAAAUUUAUUUGAAGGGAGCAUAGUUUAAAAUAUGUGAUGGAAAUCUCAUUGAUUGAGAUUAUGAAAUUUCCUUAAACAACUAUUUUUAUCUUUAUGCUCUUGUUUUUUGCAUUGAAGUUGCUUGGAUCUUUAUUUUUUUAUUUGCACCA